AUGGGACAAGUUGAUUGUAAAAGAUGCAGUAAUGGUACAUUUGUUUCUGCACUGCAUAGUCCUGGGACCAAAGCGACCGAUUGCGUGGCAUGUCCUUACGGUAAAUAUAAUGUUUGCUGUGUACUGUAACUUUUUUUCAACUUGACCACGCCUGAGGACACUUCCUACACAGUCAGAAGUUUCAGGCAUCUUAUUUAGCCAAAACAAGUCUAUUUCUUCAUAAUGAUAAUCUAAAAUGGAUGAUCCAAAAUUUUACUCGGCCUGAGAACAGGUGGACGAGGCAAAAGUGAUUGUUGAUCUUUUUUUGGUGUAUGUGUGAUUGUUGUGGACUUUGAUUCAUUGCAGAAGAGAGUUAAUUCAGUGCAGAAGAGGGUUAAUUCAGCGCAAAGAAAGUAACAAAUCAGACAUUCUGAUUGGUCAAUAAUCAAAGAACUCACAGAUAGCCAAUCAAAUGCGACCCUUGGAUGUCGCAACAAAAUGUGAAAAAUUGUUGGCGAAACAAUGGCCGGAGUUUUAAGUAGGUUUUCUUUCGCCACCGCAGCUGAAAAACAGCUCAAACAACAAAAACACUGUAAAAAGCACUGAGUUUUGGUUGUCAGUUUGGAAAAAGUGGUGUUUAGGGAAGGGAAUUGCAAAGGAAAUCGAUAAUUACGAGCCGACCCAGCUUAAGACUUUGCUCGAGCGAUCCAACGCCAAAAUUAAAAACAAACAUGGUUAAACCUCGGAAACGACGAUUCCAUUUCAUCGAAAGGGAUUCGGACACAGACUGAACAAUUCCUUGAACUGUUUAGCCGGACUUUGAACUUUUUUUGCGCCGUUAAGAUGUGAAGAUAUCAUUGCAUAUUAUUGUUUUGAUCGUACUCGGUUGUUUUGACCGAACGCUCGGUUUAAAUAAAUUAUUUUUGCACGAUGCGUGCGCUUUGCUUGUGCUUAUUUAUGAUAAGCCAUCUCGUAUUUUUGCAUGUAUAUUAUUAACGUAACCACAUGAUUUUUUUGGUGCUAUUUGGAAUAAACAAGCACUUGUUAAUUUUUUCAAAGACCACAAAUUGCAUUCGCCCUACGGGCUCGUGAAAUUUUGUUAGUCUUUAAAAAAAUUUACUCGUGCUUAUUUAUUCCAAAUUGCACUCGAAAUCAUGUGAUUACCUAUAUCAAAUGUUAAUUCAGGUCGCUAGCGAGGUCUUACAUCUCAGCCAAAUGAAAUAAGAGAGGAAGUGAGUGCGUGAAAAACCCUUUCCCACUUUAUGCUAUGUCACCUACAACUACUGAUUGGUAUUCCUAUUGAUUUUUAAAAUCACUCUAUUUUCAGGUACGCUUUCGAACGAGACUGCUGGAUAUCGGGCAUGCAGAUGUCUUCAAAGCUUUUAUCGGUUGGAUCGUUUUGGCCCGUGCUCAACAUGUCCACCAUACGGCUUUGUUUGUGAGGACGAUACAGCAAUACUUGCUCCUAACUACUUCUGGAAAUGGUCCAAUCAGUCUGAAAAAGAGCGUUUCAAAGGUUUUGUUAACAAUAUCCAUUCUAAUGGAUCAGACUACAACAAGUCCUUUUCAACGUUCAAUACUUCACUUCCGAAGCCACUCAAAUGUCCCCAUGCCAAGUCCUGCAAGGGUGGAAUCGACUCAGAAUGCCAUCAAGGAUAUCAAGGGAAUUUGUGUGCAACCUGUUCUAACGGCUUUUAUUUCCGCUUCCACUCAUGUUUGAAAUGUCCUCACCUAACUGUAACAAUAAUCUCGUCUAUCUUGGUGAUUGUUCUUUUUGUUGCUGUGUUUCUAAUGGUUCUUUGGGGUGACUCCAAACGUGCAGAGAAUAACCGAACAGUUGCAGAUGUCGUCAUGUCGUGCUUUAAGAUUGUGAUUGGUUUUUAUCAAGUCAUUGCUGGUAUUUUCUCAGCAUUGGCGAAAGUCAAGUGGCCGAUCACUUUGAUUUCAGUGGAGAAAUUUCUAAAAGUAUUUGAAGGGAACAUUUUUCAGUUUGCUCCACUAAGCUGUAUUGAUUCUUCUUUGCGUUUAGAUCAGCUUGGAAAGUUCACAUUGAUCGUUGCCUUGAAUGUCCUACUUGUUGGCUCACUUUUCUUGUAUCUAUCUCUUAAAAAACGCUACAUCAUGAACAAGAAGGACCUUAGCGAAAGCCAGAAAAGAACACAAGUUGAAAGUUUGAAGAAAUCUUGCUAUCGGAAUAUUUUCUUGCUGUUGUUGACGACCUACCCUACGACGAGCAAAUCGAUUAUUCAAAUUCUACCUCUUCCCGGUGCGUGUGUAGAAACGUGUUUCGCAGACGACAAGAACGACUGUAUCUUCCUACUGAGAGCUGACUACUCCAUCAAGUGUUUCACUCAUCGCCACAGCUUGUAUUGGUUCAUGGCUUCUCUUUUGGCAAUAUAUCCCGUGGGAUUUCCAGUUCUAGCUUUGUUUCUCACUUACAAAUACCGUGAGUCCCAGGAAGACAAAGCAAUUGCUUUCGGACUUCGAGUGUUCUUUGAGAACUAUAAGAAGAAAUUUUGGUUUUGGGAGGUCACAGAGAUGUACCGCAAGCUGAUAUUGAUCUCAUUGAUUUUCCUAUUUGGAUCCAAAAGCCUCCCUCAAAUCAGCCUUACUGUUCUGACAGUCAGCGUCUUUGGAGUGCUCUACACCUUAUUCCGACCAAUCAAGGAAAAGUUUGAAGACCGCUUACAAACAUUUGUCUUGUGGGUCAUUUUCUUUGACGUUUGCCUUGGUGCAGUUUAUAUCAAAUGGGAUGAGAAUCAAGAGGAGGGCAAGAACGAAUCUGUGUUUGUGAAUAUCCUCUUCGUUGUUCUCAACGCCUCUGUACUGAUGCUUGCCAUCGGUAAGUGCCUAUGUUGGGUA